AUGGACUCAUUAAAAUUACCAACCACUGCCGCUCAGGCUAAAGUGUACACGGCACCAAAUUCCUUGACGUUUCCUCAAGGAUUUGAUGGCGAAUCCAAGCAAGAAGCCAACUAUUUAAAAAAAGAAGAAGACAGAAGUGACGUCGUGGAACCUAACCAACAUCAAGAUGACGGCGCCACAUCUGGUAUUGUACCCACCCUUCAGAAUAUAGUGGCAACUGUGAAUCUCGACUGUCGUUUGGAUUUGAAGACUAUUGCAUUACAUGCUCGUAAUGCCGAGUAUAACCCAAAGCGUUUUGCAGCUGUCAUCAUGAGAAUCCGAGAGCCAAAGACGACAGCGUUAAUUUUUGCUUCGGGAAAGAUGGUCGUUACUGGUGCCAAAUCCGAAGAUGAUUCUAAACUUGCAUCAAGAAAAUACGCUAGAAUCAUACAAAAGUUGGGUUUCAAUGCGAAAUUUACCGACUUCAAAAUUCAAAAUAUAGUUGGUUCUUGUGAUGUUAAAUUUCCUAUUAGACUCGAAGGUUUGGCCUUUUCACACGGAACUUUCUCGUCCUAUGAGCCCGAAUUGUUCCCUGGUCUAAUUUAUAGAAUGGUCAAGCCAAAAAUUGUUCUUUUGAUUUUUGUUUCAGGGAGAAUUGUUCUUACUGGAGCAAAGCAAAGAGAAGAAAUUUACGAUGCCUUCGAAGCUAUCUAUCCGGUGUUGAGCGAAUUCAGAAAGUCGUGA